AAAAAAAGACCAGCAAUUGCCGCACCACUGUAAAUGUGAGUCGAUAAUUGUGUAACAUUUUAAAAUAGAACGUUUUAUAAACAUAACAGUGCCAUGCAAUUUUACAAUGUAAUCUAACUAUUUAGCAUUGCGUAACAAAACACAAACGAAUACAGAUCUAGGCCAAAAGAGGUUUAGAUGGCUGGGAGACUAUGUUGUGUUGAGAGAACUGUGCACAACGUACAAGUACAGAUUUAAUCGCAGUUUUUAUUUACACCUAGAUCUACUACUUCUAAGAUUUGACUUAAAAUGGCGAAAAUCAGCUGUGCAUCAUUUGGUAUAAAAAGAAGCCGAUUGGUUCUGAAUAUUGCAGCAGGAGUUUUGAUCCUUUGUGUUGGCUACGCUGUAAUUUCACAUGAUAUGAUAGAUCUACGACUAGGCUUUGGUUUAGAAAUACAAGACGAAUCGCAGGUGUUAUCGAAACAAUUAGAUGCCAUUCUUAUGUUGGAAAACGAUGCACCCAAACAACAGUUCUUGAAUCCUUGUGACGGCAGCAACUAUGCGUGUACACAGAACUGCUCAAAUCCUCUGAGUACCAAUACAAAAGAGAGAAUAAAAAACAUCUUAUCUUCAAGAAGUCUUACACUACACCGAAACCAAAGUGACCUUUUGUCAGUCAUGGUUGACCACAUUCCAGAAAGUGACGUCAUAUUCCUGUCCGCUAGCUCGUCCAACCACUAUGAGGAAAUGCAGGCCAUGUUUGAGAACCUUCACACAAAUGUUUAUCCAAAAGUCGAGAAUUUUACAUUUGUUCUCGUUGAUAUUGGUCUGACGAAACAACAAAGAAAUAUUACUGAACACCAUUGCCGCUGUCUUGUUGUCACAUUUCCGUUUGAAAACUUCCCAAAACACGUGAGAGACACGCACUGCUACUCCUGGAAGCCGCUCAUCAUACGGGCUGUUAUCGAGAAGGCGAGAAAGAUGUUGGUAUACAUGGACGCUUCCAUACGGUGGACUAAGAAAAUUGAUGUGGUAAUGAAACGGGCCGACAAAUACGGACUUCAACUUUCUAGAUUCACAAGUUCUGCAAGAAUCACGGUGCACACUAUGAGAGAAAUGUUUGAAUACAGCCAUGAGACAGUCUGUGCCUUCGCUCCAUUCCCUGAGAUCAACGCUUACACUGGUUUAUACAAGCGAGAUGAUCUCAUCAUUAAAACUAUUUUAAACCCGUGGGCCAGGUGUGCUCUAGAGGCCACGUGCAUGUGUCCAGUCAACCCGUAUCAGGUCAUACACUGUAACGUGGCACCUGCUGACCAUAAAUGUCACAGAUUUGACCAGUCAAGCCUUGGUAUUAUGACAGCCAAGCUGUACGGCAGUGAUAUCUACAAGAUCCUCAUGCCAAACAUGACGCAGUUUUUUGACAUCAAAAGGAACGUCAAAAACCCGUAUUACUUCAACAGCACCAUAGAUAAAGCUAUUACCGCGAUAGCACCAAAAUAAAACU